AUGAGCAUGGCGUACUUUGCUGCAUCAGGAGACAGGCCAGAGCAAUGUACGGAAUGGAGCUUUCGCCGUUGUUCUACGCGGCGGCAUCUUGCGAACAACGUUCAGUCUCGUCGGGCACGACCUGCCCCAAGUCGAACCACAAAGCAAGGCAUUAUAGUAGGGCAGGCAUUGCACUUCUGGAGCAGCAUCAAAGGUUGA